AUGAUCAUGACAUUGGACAAUAAUCACUCAUACUGGCCAGGUGGGAACUGGGAGACUCGGUUCUGGUGCCGAUGGGAGUGGGCGUCACUAGUAAAUAAACCGGUUACCGUACGCGAUCACGCAGAGUUUGCAUGGGCGAUUUACGAAACAGAACAUCGAGCGCCUGAAACCGGUGGGUUCCCAACGGAGAAGAAUUUUUACAAGGUGGGUCGACGAUUCGCUGUGGCCGACUUGGCGCUGAUCAUGGCUGAAAAGCUUGGCGUGCUGCAAGGGGGCCUCGGGGGACUCUGA